AUGGCUGCCCGCCGCCCGCUGCGGCCGCCCGCAGACCCCUGGGGACCCGCCGCGCCGCCUGGGGUUCGGGUGCGCUGCGAGCGCCGUCCGCGGGGCGGGGCUGGAGGCAGGGCCUGGAGGGGCGGGGCCCGAGCCGAGGCGGGGCCUGGAGAGCCCCCGCGGAUCCCGCGGGGAGACAGAGUUUGGGGGCGGGGCUUGCCUGGAUGGAGAGGUUCUGGGCGGGGCCUGGAGUGGCUGGCCCGGCCCCAGGGACGGGGACUUAGGGGCGGGGCCAGUCCUGGGGCCGGUGCUGCUGGAGACCCGCGCGCGGUCGUCAUUUCCGAACCCGCCUGCGGGCCCUGGCGCGUGCGCGGCGUCGUAGCACCGGGGCGGGGUGUAGGGCGUCUGCCCCGCCCCCCGGCCGCCCGCUCCCUGGGGAACCGAGGGAGGAACGGGCGGGGUCCUCAGGUGCCCGGCGACGUCAUCCAGCCCCCAAGGCUCCAGGGCGCAAAGGGUCCCCUGAUCUGGCAGUCCCCGGACCCACCUGGAGAGCGUGGGGGCACAAAGGCCGGACGCGCCGCCCGCCGCCGCCUCCAGGAAGGCCUCCCUUGCCAGGACAGCGGAGUUGGCCAGAUGGUGAGGAUCCGCUGGUUCUCCCUCAGGCCUGGAGGCUGCUUGCCCUUGAUGGCUCUCAUCGUGUGAGGAUCCACUGGUUCUCCCUCAGGCCUGGAGGCUGCCUGCCAUGGGUGGCUCUCAUCGGUGAUCUGAGGCCACAGUUGUUAUAGUCUCUGACUUCAAAAGAAAGACCGAUUUCACGCACAAUUGCCUGUCUCUCUCGACAGUGGCAUUUUUGUUGUUGUCUGUUUGUUUUUGAGACAGAGUUUUGCUCUUGUAGCCCAGGCUGCAGUGCGAUGGCGUGAUCUCAGCUCACCGCAACCUCCACCUCCCAGGUUCAAGCG